AUGUCGAUGUUUUCGUCGGCCCUGAAGUCGAUCUCGGCGACCAACAUAACAGCCAACUACUCCAUCUCUUCCACUCAAACCUCGACGGCCGGCCCCUGGAGGAUAUACGAUGCAAAGAAGAAAUCCACAGGCAAGACCUACUCGGUCUUUGUCUUUGACCGAAAGUCACUUGAUGCGCAUUCCGGCUCCUUGAGUGGGUCCAGCAAGUCCGCAUACAAGAAAGUCGCAGAAGAAGUCCUUGAGAGACUGAAGAAGGAGGCAUCCUCUCUCGCGAAGCUACGGCAUCCCAGCAUUCUAGAGCUAGUAGAGCCUGUGGAGGAGACAAGAGGGGGCGGCCUUCAAUUUGUCACAGAGGCCGUGACUGCAUCUCUUGCGAGCUUGCUGCAGGAGAAGGAUGACCAAGAAAGAGCCGGGGGCGUGGGCGGGAGGUCUAGCCGCUAUGUCACGGAAGACGCUGAUGGCACCCGAAGGAGGCGGGAGCUUGAGAUCGACGAACUGGAGAUACAAAAGGGUCUAUUGCAAGUCAGCAAGGCUCUCGAGUUUCUCCACGAUAACGCAGGCCUUGUGCAUGGCAAUCUAACUCCAGAUGCCAUUCUUAUUAACGCUAAGGUAGGCGGCGGCAAGCCUCCCUUAUUGAGUCGCAACUAA